GCGACCCCCGCAGGCCGCGCUUCUCCGUCGGCCUCGCCUCGCCUCGCCUCCCCGUCCGCUCCGCCUUCCCCUCCGCCUCCUCGUCAGGCGGAGGCGGCGCUCGCCGGGCCGGCUUGCUGGGCGCUGCGGGCCGGAGCGGGCCGUCGUCGUCGUCGUCCAUGGUGGCUCUAGGCCGCGCCGCCGCCAGGCUGGGAGUAGGCCCGCGCCCCGGCGGGCGAUGCAGAGCUGAAACACAGUGGUGGACGCUACAAUCUCAAGAUUUUUUUUAACCUAAUGGAACUAGAAGAGAUAUGAGGCCUGCUUUGCUUGGACAUUUUUGGAGUUCUGUCAUUGAGUACUUCUCCAGUGGCAUCUUUAUGCAAUGGCCUCAAGCCACAGGUCUUCACCAGUGCCUCAGUCAAAGAGCAGCGGUGCUUUCUUUAAGAAGGAAGUGGAUUCUGCCAAGCGUUUUCGACCAGUCCAGUCGUUGCCCGAUGUGUGCCCGAAGGAACCCACAGGUGAUCCUAUGAGUCUGUGUGACAGUCCGUCUUUAGUCGCGGAUCAACACCGAUGGACUAUUUAUCAUUCCAAAGUAAAUCUCCCAGCGGCACUCAAUGACCCUCGGUUGGCGAAAAGGGAAUCUGAUUUCUUCACCAAGACUUGGGGACUGGACUUUGUGGACACUGAAGUUGUGCCUUCGCUCUACCUCCCGCAGAUCAACAAGGAUCAUUUUGCAGCAUACCAGCUGGACGUUGUUCAGAGAGAGAAGAUUCAUGAGAAAUGCAAGACUGUUUGUCCUCCUAAAGAUACUUUUGACAGGACACUGUUAAACGCUCAUGAUAAAUCCAGGACAGAACUGGAGCAAGUACCUAAGAUUUUUAUGAAGCCAGAUUUUGCCUUGGAAGAUCCCUUAACAUUUAACAUGGUAUUACCUUGGUCUCAUUUUAACACUGCUGGAGGGAAAGGAAAUCGUGAUGCAGCUUCUUCAAAACUGCUUCAGGAAAAGCUGAGCCACUAUCUGGAUAUUGUGGAAGUAAACAUCGCUCAUCAGAUCUCCCUCCGCUCUGAAGCCUUUUUUCAUGCAAUGACCUCCCAGCACGAACUGCAAGACUACCUCAGGAAAACCUCCCAGGCCGUAAAAAUGCUUCGAGAUAAAAUUGGCCAAAUCGAUAAAGUCAUGUGUGAAGGAUCUCUUAAAGUUUUGAGACUUUCAUUGACGAGAAAUAACUGUAUAAAAGCAUAUAAUAAGCUGAAGUUGAUGGCUACUGUGCAUCAGACGCAGCCUACUGUUCAGUUGCUGCUGUCCACCUCUGAAUUUGUUGGUGCAUUGGACUUAAUAGCCACCACGCAGGAGGUUCUACAGCAGGAACUCCAAGGCAUUCACAGUUUCCGACACCUUGGGUCACAACUUUGUGAAUUAGAAAAACUGAUAGAUAAAAUGAUGAUUGCAGAGUUCUCAACCUACGCCCGCAGUGACUUGAACAGACCUCUGGAAGAUGAAUGUCAAAUUCUGGAAGAGGACAGGCUUGUGUCGCUAGUAUUUGGACUUCUGAAACAAAGGAAACUGAAUUUUUUUGAGAUAUACGGGGAUGAAAUUAUCAUUACAGCAAAGAACAUAAUUAAGCAGUGUGUGAUUAACACAGUAUCAGAGAUAGAAGAAAUAGACACAGGAGCGGUUGUUAAACUGGCUGAUCAAAUGAGGAUGAUGAAUUUUCCACAGUGGUUUGAUCUCCUGAAGAAUAUUUUCUCUAACUUUAUCAUCUUCCUGAAGAGAAUCAAGGCAACACUAAAUGUUAUCCGCAGUGUCGUUCUCUUGGUUCUAGACAAGAACCAAAGGAGCAGAGUACUGGGAGAGGCUUCUGUGCAGAAGAACUCAUCAAGGGAAAGCGCUGUGGAUACAGAAGUGGCUUAUCUGACCCACGAGGGCAUGUUUAUAAGCGAUGCCUUCAGCAGAAGAGACCUCCCAUCCUCCACAACUGAUUCAGUCUCUCCAAGAAAUGUUUGUCCGGACAGUGAUCCCAGCAGCAGCGACUCAGUGUCUGAGCCCGAAUGUGCCACCGAUUCAUCGUCAAGCAAGGAACAGACUUUACCGAGUGUCACACCAGCUGGAAUUGAGACCAUGAUUGGGGAGGACGUGAAACUGUCUGAACUGGAACUGGUUAGAUUAGCAAAUAACAUACAAGAGCUCCUUUACAGCGCUUCCGAUAUUUGCCAUGAUCGUUCAGUCAAAUUCCUCAUGGCUAGAGCAAAAGAUGGAUUCCUGGAGAAACUGAAUUCUACAGAGUUUGUUGCUCUUUCCCGACUGAUGGAAUCGUUCAUCUUGGACACAGAGCAUAUCUGUGGUAGGAAGAGUGUGUCACUCCGUGGAGCGCUUCAGAGCCAAGCUAACAAAUUUGUAAACAGAUUUCAUGAGGAGAGAAAAACAAAACUCAGCCUCCUGCUAGAUAACGAGCGCUGGAAACAAGCCGAAGUUCCUGCAGAAUUUCAGGAUCUCGUGGAUUCUAUAUCUGAUGGCAAAAUUGCUUUACCGGAGAAAAAAGCCGGAGCUCCUGAAGAAAGAAAGCCGAUGGACGUCCUCAUUGUCAGCGGUCAAAAAUAUGCUGUAGUUGGGACCGUUUUGCUGCUGAUCAGAAUCAUCCUGGAAUACUGCCAGUGUGUGGAUAACAUUCCUUCCAUCGCUACUGACAUGCUCACUCGUCUCUCCGAUUUGCUGAAGUAUUUCAAUUCCAGAAGUUGUCAGCUGGUGCUGGGAGCCGGUGCUUUGCAAGUGGUCGGCUUGAAAACGAUAACUACGAAAAACUUAGCCCUCUCGUCCCGCUGCCUGCAACUCAUAGUGCACUACAUUCCCGUGAUCCGAGCUCACUUUGAAUCCCGCCUGCAGCCCAAACAGUUCAGCAUGCUUCGGCAUUUCGAUCACAUUACCAAGGACUAUCAUGACCACAUAGCUGAAAUUUCAGCCAAACUUGUAGCCAUAAUGGAUAGUUUAUUUGACAAGCUGCUAUCAAAGUAUGAGGUAAAAGCACCCGUUCCUUCCACCUGCUUCAGGAACAUCUGCAAACAGAUGGCGAAGAUGCACGAAGCAAUAUACGAGCUGCUUCCAGAGGAGCAAACACAGAUGCUGUUUUUACGAAUAAAUGCCAGCUACAAGCUCCAUUUGAAGAGGCAGUUAGCCCACUUAAACGUAGUCAACGACGGAGGACCUCAAAAUGGGUUGGUUACGGCCGACGUGGCUUUUUACACUGGAAACCUUCAAGCCUUGAAAGGGCUUCAAACCCUGGACUUAAACAUGGCUGAGAUCUGGGAACAGAAGAGGUGAUAAUUCAGCAACGCAGCUGCUGCCGCUUCUCUGAAGGUGAUCACGGGGACCCUCGAAGAGGAAAUUCUCUUGAAGGUUUGGUGAAAACCUGGGUCCAGGAGUGACCUCGGGAGCGCUCUUUAGCAAGACAAAAAAGUAGAGACCACUUCUGUUUGGUGGGAUUCCUCUUCGUGCUGUUCAGAUCCAGGCUCAGGUUUCUUUGGACCAAAUCCAAAAGAAUACAUAGCUGUAACACAGCUGCCGUUGCUAGAGAGUGGUUUGUAAGUCUUUAUAUUAAAAAGAUGCUCCACAUUUCCUCUAGUGCAAUGAAACUCACAUGGCGUCUCUCACCUUUAUUUAAGUGAUGGUGCAGUUUGGAAAUCCUUGGCAAACUUCUAUAAAAUGUUUUCACUGUAAACCUGUUCUAAAGCUAUUUUUACAGAUGUUUCUAUCGGUUUACCUGCCUAGAGCAAGGUGUGUUGAGGUGCAUUCUGAUGUCGUUCUAGGAGCUGUUUCCCAAAAACAAGAUAUUAAAAAGGAAACUAUAAGGGUGGCCCCUAGUUCUUCUACUACAAGUGGUCAACUCUUAAGGACAUGUUUUAUAAUGGGUCUAGUUUCCAGACAUGAUCAGAACCUCAAUUUUAAUUUGCCAAUUUCUGCAUAUCCCAUACCUCCUCUACCUUUCCAUCCAGUUACUGUCAUCCCAAAACUGUAAGAGCAGACCACCCGACACGGCAAAUACAACGCUAGAUGCGGUGUGACUAACUUAUAUCAAGGUUUGGGGUUUUUUUUUAAAUUGCUGUAUUUCAGGCUGGUACCUGCCUGUCCAGAGUUAAAAAGUGCCUGGGCAUUCCACAUCACGACAUUAAACAGAAACCUAGCGAGUGCCUCUUCUUGUGAUGACUGUGUAUAAUGAUACGGUGUUUGUGUGCCUCUGGUUUCAACAGGCAAGGCAUGCCUCUCUGUUAACAUGAGCAGAAGUCAUUUGUCAAUCAAAAUAAAGCUAUAAAAAUGA